UCACCACGUAAGUGUGAUACUACACGCGUCAUAAAUCGUUAAGCUUGACUUUUCGAGCAGUUUCCUCGUAGACAAUCACGCCAUCUGCCGCCCCCUCACUGGUACUGGGAGAUGGGUGUGUGUGAUAAGAACUCGGGCACACACAGGUAACUGGAAAUUUUUCUCCAGAGCCGUCCGGCAAAUCCUGGGGGGGGGAAAAAACACAAUCCAUGGCUGACUUCCAAUAAAUAAGGAAGACUUAAUGCCUCUCUUGUGUUCAGUGCUGGUCUAUUGUCGGUGAACGUGUUUUUGUCAGCAUAAACCGCCGAUAGUCCGCCGUGGUUUUAUUUUGAAGGGUUGACCCCACACCGGUACUCCGUGUUCUUUGUUCUCGGCUUCAGCUGAACGUUUCGGUGGAUUUGGGAGGCGGACCAUGUCCCUGUGUUUUUUGCAGGCUAGCAGAACUGUCACUUGGUAACAUUAGCUGUCGCAAGUAGCUGGAGUCUUACUUAAAAAAAAAUAAAAAUACAGUGUUGUGUUUUCAACACGGCACCCGAAGGCUUAGGUACUCGGUCUGUUUGUCGACUGGUGUGAUGCUAACAGGGCGGAAGUUAUGCUAGUUAUGGUCUGACAGACAAACUCAAGCUAACGUCACUGAAGGUACGAGGGGUGAAGCAAUGUUUUUCGGGAGAACGGGAAACUAAAAUAAGUUCGUGAUAAUCAUCCACACUAACGGUGACUGACGUUAUUGAGCUGAAAUCUUGGUCCUGCUGAACCCAGUCACCUCCAGCUAGCCGUUGCUAAUUUGCUUAUUUAGCUUUACUGAAGACAAUGCAGAGUUACUGAGAACAACCUUGGCAGUUCUAAAGGUCGUCAGGUUUAACCAGCGACAUGUAGACUAGAAGAUUGACUCAUAAAUGUUGCCAAUUAACAUAUUUUAUGCAAGGAAUGUAGGAGGGGGGUCAUUCCUUUCUGAAUUACUUCCCAUACACACCCACAGGUGUGUCUAUGACCUGAGGAUUUAAUUUAGUGAACAAGUAUUACAACUUCACAACUGAACUGGCAGUUCAUGCAUGCUUAAGCAGCAGGGAGCUGGCAGUGUCUGUUGAUUCAAGUUUUAAAAAAAAGUCCUUCAAGCCCUGAGAAACCAUGACAGCUGUGGUGGGUCGAGCUUGGGGGUGGGCGCGAUCAUGGGGAAGCAGUGCUGUGUCAGAGAAUACCACACCGGUGAAAGCUGAAGGCCAGAAGCACGGCGGGGGCAGUGAGGGCCUCAGAGGGUGGACCUCUUGGAUCUGGGGCAGGUGGAGACAUCAAAGUGACCAAAGUAGUCCAGCAGAAGAGUACUGGGAAGCGCAGGAGAAGCUUCAGCCCGUGGUAAUCGAAGAUCUCGGCGCAGGGAAGCGGGAGAUGGAGGCAGAUGCAGAGCAAGUUUCUAGAUGGUGGAAAUAUCUCCCGUCCACUAGCCUUUUCUGGCCAAGAAAGAAGGAACCAAGUGGACUAAGACGCAGGAAACACGGCGGUAGGAGUGGAGACGUGUCGGACCGCGAUAUUGAUGGGGACUUUUCAGAUUAUGGAACGCCGCCUCCAUCUCCUACACCUCCCUCCUCUCAGCUGACAUCUCCUUUUCGACUAUUUGCGCAGAGCUUUACGGUGGAAAUCCUACCGGAGCACCAUGAGAUCUGUUUCAAUUUCCUCCGCCACUUGUUUGACCUGUUUGUCAUUGGCUUCCUGUGGACUGUGUCGCCCCCUGCCAAGCUGAUCUUGGAGGUUUUAGGGGUGCAGGGAGCACUGAGGCUGUGGCUUCAUGGUAUGGCCAUGUUUUUUGUCUCCACAGUUGGAAUGGCAGGACUGCUCUGGUUGAUCCAGGAGUAUCUCCCUCAGUUUGCUUUGAUCUAUGGCAUCAUACAGGCCAUAGUGAUCUCUGUCAGUGUCCGACAGAGUGUGAUCCUUGGUGGAGAGGAAGAAAAAGAAGAAAAGGGCGAGGAGGGCAAGGAGACUGAUGAAAUGAAAGCCAGUAGGGAACAUAAGGAAAAGCCUUUGACUAUGAAAGACAAAGUGAAGACAAGUUGAACUUGAGCGAGAAGUUGCCGCCUACUCCGGAUUCCACCGACAUCAGGCCACCAAGUGUUUGACAUCACAACAACGGCACGACAUGGACUGUUCUGCUGUACCACUGUUUUCUGCAGUGUGAUGUAAGAAUUGUGUUGCACACUCAUUAUAAACUCCUAGAAAUUGUGUUGAUGUGACUUUGUUUUCAACACUAUUGAUCUACACUUUAUAGCAGUUUGGCCUCACUUGUUGUACUACUACUAUUGUCAGGAUCAGAAAUGAUUGAGGCCCUGAAUGUUCAAGGAAUGCCUAUUAUGUCGAAAAAGAGACACCCCCAAUAUUUAGGAAAUAGUCUAUUUCAUUUUGUCUUGUUUUCAUUGUAUUUCUUGUCUUGUGAAUCAGCGUGCAAUAGUCACCUGGUUUGGGAACAGGUUGCCUUUGGUUCACUCGGUGUGGAAAAAAUGCACCAAUUUAAAUGCAAAACAGCCAAAAACACAGCCUUAACUAGUAGAGGUUUAAUCCAGUACCACCCAGGGGGAAAAAUGCAAACCAAUACAAACCGCUGCAUUAACAAAAAACAAUAACACUAUGUUUGCCCAGGGCACAGAAGAUCGGACAAACUUAAGUUCAAAUAUCAGAUAAUAUCAAAGCUCCUGACAGUCAGGCCAAAACACUAAGAAAAUAAUUUCUGAAAGGUAAAGAUUCUCAGUGACCAUAAGACUACACCUGUCCCUGACAUACUCAUCACAUCUUGAAUUAACCUGAAGUUCAUACAACAGACAUAAGCAGGUGUUAACUGUUUUGGAGUGGUCUGUUACUGGCUCCAGUAGAUUCACCUGAAUUUGUCCACUGUCCAUUGUUCAGCUUUGACCCGUGUAUUCCCACAGCUGACCCCUAGAAACUCUGAAACAGAAUGCUGAUGUGUAUGUGCCUUUAUUGGAGCAAAAGGGAGGAAGCCCAGAGGAGGGAUGAGCAAGUAGUAACCACCAAUGCUGACCUAUAGGUUUAAGCACCAGCAAAUUAAGUCACACACAAUCACAAUGACAUUAAUAAAUCUACUAUAUUUAAGCCGUAAGUCAGCGUUGUCUCUGACCAGUGAUCACCUAAUAGCCAUGGAAUGAGUGGCUUCAUCAUCAGCUGGUGUGGUUGUUGCUUGUUUACAACUGUAAAUGAUCAAUUGUCCAACAUUUCCACUUGUCAGUCUGUUUUGUACUUUAUAUAUUUUCACAUAUUAAACUGGCAGCCCUGUUUGACCUGUGGAAGCAGCAUGUCUAGACGUUACCACUUACAGUGCAUGUAGUACAUCACAUUGAGAUUCCUCAUCAUAUGGACGUGGCACUAUUAUUGUUGCUUGUUCUGAGAAAGUGUCUGAGAGAUUGUAAACGUACACAUCGUAAUGUGUUCUCUGUACACAGUUGUUUCAUGCCUUAUGUCAUGUUCCCUGAUAUUGCUUGAUUGAAACAUUUGAAAUGUUUUUUACUGGGAACGUAGGCCACACUUUCAACACAAGAAUGCGUUUUUUAUGGAUUUUUGUGACGCUCUAGAUUCCUUACCUGUAACACAGCCUGUCAACGUGACAUUGAAAUUCAGUAAUUUAAGGUUAUUUUUCAUGUGUGCACAUGAUGAAUGACAAAAUGUGUCAACAUUCUAAUGUUAUCUCGAAUGCAUAACUACUGCCAGAUUCAAAUAAGAACUCUUAAAGCAAGUACUUAUCACUGUACCCCUACUUCCAUGUUGACAUUAAUGAAAGCCCUGAGGGUAAGGAGGGAUUUAAAAAAAAAAUUUUUUGGUGCCCUAUUUUCUACAUCUGAUUUAAAUUGUUUUCUCACCUGUGUUUAUGACUUUUUAAAAACAUUAUUAUUAUUAUUAUUAUUAUUAUUAUAAGAAAAGGUUUUGUCUUUAGCACAUUAUUAGAGUUUGUUUUUGUAAUACUCAUUUUAGCCACAAGAGGCUGAAGUGUACCACUACACUAUGUUCUCAAUUGGACUAUAAACAUUCAUGUUUUCCUUCAGGGGACAUGUGAUUAAGUAUGAGUACACACUGUACUGCAAAGCCUCAUGUGCGUUUGGCCUCUUGUGGCCAAAAUUCAUAUUAUAAAGUUCGCCUUGGAUUCACAAAUUUAAUUUAUUUUUUCUCCUGGAAAAGCUUUUACCCACCUGUUUUCACAGAUAAGGAACUCAGAAUAUUUAUCCUGACAAAAAGUUUUUUUUCACCAGUUCUUAAAUCAUAAACAUUGGAGAGAGAACAUAAAAUUCUUCACUUGCCACUCAGGGCUUCCAUAGAGUGCCGCCAUAAUGACAGAUAAAAUUUGGCAGUAAAUAAAGAAGGGCAGUCGAGGUUCCACAUUGUCUACCAAGGUCUUUGAGGUUCAAAAUCAGCAGAACAUUGAUAGUAUUUAUGCAUGUUCAAACAUUAAAAUUGCAUUUUGACAUUUUUUCAAAUGUACACACAAUGGAAGAUAACUAUUUUAAUUUGAAUAGAAGAUUUUAUUAUAAUACUGGUAUGUACAGAUUUCGAGAGAGAAUGUCAAACUAUAUUAGGUUUUUUUUCUUUUCUUUUCUUUUUUUUUUUUUACACCAAUUCGAGUCCCAAGAAGGUGACCCAGUGUCUACAAAUCUUUGCGGCCUUUUAUUCAUUGUUUGCUUACAUGGAGCUUUUAUUGCAGUGGUAUUAAUGCUGAUGUUCCCUUGUAUGAAAAGCUAUUUUUAUAUGAGCAGCCAACAGACCUAACAAGUGCAGGAUCACUGUAGCUGAAGAAACUCUGUCCCACUUCCUUAGAUAAGGAAGGAAGACUUCACCAAUACCUUUUAUGUAGUUUUAACCUGGAAGUAGUCAGAGGAAGUAUCUGCUGUGAUCUAUUACUGUACAUCUUAUUUAUGGCCACUUUGAACUUAACACUACACUGAAGUUAAAUGCUCUCACUUGGCGAAAUAAAAACUGAUCUGUUCUUUGA